AUUAAAUGCAGUCAAAACAGUCGACGUCUUCUUAAACUUUCACAUAUACCUUACUGAGCUGUGUUUUAAGUUUUUUCUUGUAAAUUGUGCUCUGCUUGAUGCUAUGUAUGACAUCUGAAUAUAUUCUACAUUUUCGCAUUCGGCGCUGAUUGCCGCUUUCUCCCAUCAUCGCAACCUGCGCGCGAAAAAUUGCGCGGGGUUGGUUGGACUCAUCGCGCUGAUUACAUACGGCGUCGAAAUCAAUCAUGCACGCUUUUUUGAAAACGGCCAACCCAAACUUAACUCUUCCCAAGGAGAAAACUAAGGAACCCAAGCAGGUUCAGAAGAAACCAGUGCAUAUUCCGUGGGUGGAAAAAUACCGGCCGAAAACUGUAGACGAUGUGGCUCACCAAGAUGAGGUGGUUUCUGUCCUUAAAAAGUCGCUUCAGGGAGCCGAUCUUCCCAAUCUCCUGUUUUAUGGACCACCAGGAACAGGAAAGACAUCCACUAUACUUGCUCUUGCCAGAGAACUCUUUGGAGACAUGUAUAAGAGUCGCAUUUUGGAGCUAAAUGCAUCUGAUGAACGAGGCAUCCAAGUUGUCCGAGAUAAAAUCAAGACCUUUUCACAACUCACAGCAAGUGGUACAGGACAUGAUGGCAAACAGUGUCCACCAUUCAAGAUUGUGAUUCUAGAUGAAGCAGAUUCCAUGACCUCAAGCGCUCAGGCAGCAUUGCGUCGUACCAUGGAGAAAGAGACGAAGACGACUCGUUUUUGUCUCAUUUGCAACUAUAUAAGCAGAAUUAUAGACCCACUGACAUCGCGUUGCUCAAAGUUCCGUUUCAAGCCUUUGCCUAAGGAAGUUCUAAUAGGACGCCUCCGCAACAUAUGUACGGCUGAAGGAGUUCAAUGUGAUGAUCAGGUGCUGGACUUCCUUAUGGACGCUUGUGAAGGCGACAUGCGAAGAGCAAUCACCCUUUUCCAAAGUGUUUCUCGGCUUAAAUAUAACGAACCUGUAACUGCCCAAGAUGUGGCCGAAGUUGCUGGGAUCAUUCCAAAGCAGUGGGUCGAUGACGUGCUUACAAGCUGUGCAUCGAACUCGUACGAGAAGCUGAGUGCAACAGUUGAGGACCUUGUGCUCGAAGGCUUUGCAGCAUCGCAACUUUUUAGCCAGCUGCACGAUGCCAUUGUGUUGAGCAACAAGUACGAUGACAAACAGAAGUCGGCAAUAGCAGAGAAGCUUGCUAUAUGCGACCACAGACUGCUUGAAGGUGCCGACGAGUACCUCCAAAUUAUGGACCUAUGUGUCACAAUUAUGAACCAGCUUUGCAGUGUCCAGCAAUGAGUGUUUGUGUAACUGUCACACUAAAAAGAAGUGUGGUUGUGAAAAGUUUGCUUUGUUUCCAAAUCGUUUCUAAUAAAACGUACAAUUAAUUGAAGUACA